AUGGUCCCCUUCAUUGUUUUGACCCUAUUCUCUCUUCUAAGCACCACUUGUUUUUCUUCUUUGGUUGGUGAUUUUCGUGUCUUGAUCUCACUUAAACAAGGAUUUGAAUUCCCUGAACCUGUACUGAACACGUGGAAUUUGUCGAAUCCACGCUCAGUUUGUUCUUGGGUUGGAGUUCAUUGCUCUCGCGGACGAGUUUCUUCAUUGGACUUGACAGAUUUUAAUCUGUAUGGCCCUGUUUCGCCUCAAAUUUCAGAGCUUGAUCAACUCAGCAGCUUGUCUCUCGCAGGAAACAACUUUAGCGGUACCAUUGAGAUUGCCAACUUGAGUAAUCUUCGAUUUCUUAACAUCUCAAACAACCAAUUCAAUGGUGGGUUGGAUUGGAACUACUCAAGUAUUGCAAACUUGGAAGUGUUUGAUGCUUAUGACAACAACUUCACUGCUUUCCUACCUCUUGGGAUUUUGAACUUGAAGAAACUCAAGCACUUGGAACUUGGUGGAAACUAUUUCUAUGGCAAAAUCCCAGCAAGCUAUGGCAAACUGGUAGGAUUGGAGUAUCUUUCGCUGACGGGAAAUGAUCUUCAUGGAAAAAUCCCAGGUGAGCUUGGCAAUCUUACUAACUUGAGAAAGAUUUACUUGGGGAACUACAAUGUUUUUGAAGAUGGGAUUCCGGUGGAGUUGAGCAAUUUAGUGAAUCUAGUUCACAUGGAUCUUUCAAGCUGUGGUUUAGCUGGUCCGAUUCCAAGCGAGCUUGGAAACUUGAAGCUGCUUGAUACUCUCUAUUUGCAUAUCAAUCUCCUUUCAGGUUCCAUCCCAAAGGAGUUGGGAAACUUGACAAACUUGGUGAAGCUUGACCUCUCCUACAAUGCACUCACCGGCGAAAUCCCAUUUGAGUUCAUCAAUCUCAAGCAACUCGACCUCCUAAAUCUUUUCUUGAAUAGGCUGCAUGGCUCAAUUCCAGACUAUGUUGCAGACUUGCCCAAUUUGGAAACAUUGCAGUUGUGGAAGAACAACUUCACCGGUGUGAUUCCCCGCAACCUCGGCAAAAAUGGGAAGCUUCAGCUUCUUGAUUUGUCCUCAAAUAAGCUCACCGGUACAAUCCCGCAAGACUUAUGUUCCUCUAAUCAGUUGAGGAUACUGAUUCUCUUGAAGAAUUUCCUUUUUGGGCCAAUCCCAGAAGGCUUGGGAACAUGUUAUAGUCUUACUAAAUUGAGGUUGGGUGAGAACUACUUGAAUGGCAGCAUUCCGCACGGAUUUAUUUACUUGCCUGAGCUGAACUUAGCAGAGUUUCAGAGCAACUACCUAUGUGGGACUUUAUCAGAAAAUGGUAAUAGGUCCUCGAAACCUGAUAAAUUAGAGCAACUUAACCUGUCAAACAAUCUCCUUUCAGGUCCAUUGCCAUCUUCACUUUCAAAUUUCUCUUCCCUCCAGGCUCUGCUACUUGGGGGAAACAAAUUCUCAGGCCCAAUCCCACCUAUGAUAGGAGAACUCCAUCAAGUAUUAAAGCUUGAUCUUAGUAGAAAUUCCCUCUCCGGUCCUAUUCCACCGGAAAUAGGCAACUGUUUGCAUCUUAGUUUUCUUGACAUGAGCCAGAAUAACCUCUCUGGCUCAAUCCCAUCAGAGAUGUCCAACAUUCAUAUCUUGACCUACUUGAACUUAUCAAGAAAUCACUUGAACCAAACCAUACCAAAAUCCCUUGGUUCCAUGAAAAGCCUUACCAUUGCUGAUUUCUCUUUCAACGAUUUCUCUGGAAAGCUCCCAGAAUCUGGCCAAUUCUCAUUAUUCAAUGCCUCUUCUUUCGCCGGCAAUCCUCUACUUUGCGGCCCUCUCCUUAACAACCCUUGCAAUUUCACCACCGUCACCAACACACCAGGAAAAGCCCCCACCGAUUUCAAGCUAAUCUUUGCUUUAGGCCUGCUGAUAUGCUCUCUUGUGUUUGCAACUGCUGCCAUUAUCAAGGCCAAGACAUUCAAGAAAGGCAGCUCGGAUUCUUGGAAGUUAACAACCUUCCAAAAACUUGAAUUCACAGUGACAGACAUAAUUGAAUGCGUGAAAGAUGGCAAUGUAAUUGGCAGAGGAGGAGCAGGGAUUGUUUACCAUGGGAAAAUGCCAAAUGGGGUCGAAAUUGCAGUAAAAAAGCUACUUGGUUUUGGCAACAACAGCCAUGACCAUGGUUUUAGAGCAGAAAUUCAAACACUAGGCAACAUUAGACAUCGAAACAUUGUUAGAUUGAUGGCAUUCUGUUCUAACAAGGAUACUAACUUGCUUGUUUAUGAGUACAUGAGAAAUGGGAGUUUAGGAGAGGCACUACAUGGCAAAAAAGGUGCAUUAUUCUUGGGGUGGAACUUGAGGUACAAAAUCGCCAUUGAAGCUGCUAAAGGCCUAUGCUACCUUCACCAUGAUUGUUCUCCAUUGAUUGUUCAUCGAGAUGUAAAAUCAAACAACAUUCUUCUGAACUCCAGCUUCGAAGCUCAUGUAGCUGAUUUCGGGUUAGCUAAAUUCUUGGUCGAUGGUGGCGCAUCCCAGUGUAUGUCAGCAGUUGCAGGCUCUUAUGGCUACAUAGCACCUGAAUAUGCAUACACACUGAGGGUUGAUGAGAAGAGCGAUGUUUACAGUUUUGGAGUAGUUCUGCUAGAACUUCUGACAGGGCGUAGGCCGGUGGGAGACUUCGGUGAUGGAGUUGAUAUAGUACAAUGGAGCAAAAGAGCAACGAACAAUUGCAAAGAAGAUGCUAUGCAAAUAGUUGAUCCAAGGCUAACAAUGGUGCCAAAAGAUGAAGCAAUGCAUUUAUUUUUCAUUGCAAUGAUUUGUAGCCAAGAAAAUAGUAUUGAACGCCCCACGUUGAGAGAAGUGGUGCAAAUGCUCUCAGAAUUCCCUCGUCACUCACCAGAUCACAAUAAUUACCAAUCUUCAUCUUCUUCAAUUUCUCCCCAACAAUCGAAGAGUGGUGAAAAGAAAGAGAUAAAUGGCUUGAAAUAUAAACAGGAUCUUUUGGUUUAA